UGGCAGCAAGAAGUUGCAAAGCAAAUCGGAUCCCAAAUUUUGCAUAGUCAAUGAAGAUUUUAUGCUUUGAUAUUUCCUUCUUCCCUCCAAUUCUUACUCAUUCUUCGUUGCUUCUCCUUCCACUCGCCCUCUCUCUCUCUCUUUUGUUACUGACCGCCGCUGACUCGCCCUACCAUGGCCGGCGACGCUGGUGGCGACGGUCACUCUCCCUUUCCCCCACCUUCUAACGGCGGAGAGUUUCUUCUCUCCCUCCUACAACGACCCCCAAAUCGCCAAUCGCAUCUCAACAUCAAUCCUCAGCCUCAGCCUCACCUUCACCCUCCCCCUGCCCUUGAUCCAGCCGUCGCCGCCGUUGGUCCCUCCCUUACCUCCCUCCCGCCGCCCUGGCCUUCCACUGGCUCCGAUCUUCUAUACCCAAUUCCUCUUUCCCCUUGGUCACACUCCCACCAGUCCUUGUCUGCUCCUAUUGCUUCUAACUUUGUGGGGUUUCAACACCUUCAGCAGAACCCUUUUCCUCUUCCUCGGAAUCAGUUUGGGGGAGCCCAAUUUGCGGCGAGUCACAGUUCGGGUGACCUAAUUCAAGGGGGUCUUGGGGGUGCAGACGAUUUGAAGAGGUUAGGGCUUCGUGGAAACCAUGAUAGACCGAAUGGUACUGUUCAUAACCUUUCGCAGCAUAAUGAACUGGAGAAUAAGCUUCAGUUUGGCUCUUUUUCUCCCACUCAAUUUUCUAGGGUUUUGGUUAGUGGGAAUAAUAGCUCUGCCAAUGAUUUAAACCGCGAAGUAGGGUUUAGGGAGACAAUCCCUAAUGGGAUGAAUAGAAAUCAGGGAUUGGAUUCUCAUGGGAAUUCGAAUUUCAUAUCAUAUGGGAAUUCGAUUUCCAAUGCCAAUGUUCAUUCCUUUCGCCGUGGAGAGUUUGAUUACUCAGAGCAAGAAAGAGGGCGUGUGUUGGGUGAAAACUACAGUUUUCAUCCCUUGGUGAAGGUGUUGGAGCCAUCUGGUUUUAUGAGCAAGCCAAAGGGAGGAGGGCAUUUGGAUUCUGUGAACAUUAGAAGGAGAGAUUUUGAUCAUGUAGUAAAUAGAGAGAGAGCUAGUUCAAGUCAACUUGGGGAGGCGUUUCACAGGCUCGAACUUGGUGCACAGCUUCAUGACCCUGUACGCCCUUCUAGGAGUGAUCUUCAUUCAGCAUCAGCAUUGGAUAUGGAAGAACGUGGUUUGAAUUUGCAUCCCGAUUUUGCUGAAGGCAGGCCCAGAGAUAGUCAUGAGGGGCGUGGUUGGAUGAGAAAGGAUGUUGAUUCAACUAAUGGUAAUGAUAGCCAGGAACUGGAGAACAAUAUAGGUGAACAGCUUGCUGAUUCCUUGUUGCACGAGGAGGAACCUGAUGAGAAAAGCGAUGCUAAACACGUGCGUCGUGAGAAGGAUUGCAGGGGGAAUCGGCUACUUACACACAGGGAGAGGAUCUCUCGAAGACAUAUAAAGUGCCGUGGUGACAUAGAUAUGUUGAAAGUUCCUCUUCUUGCAAUUUAUGAAUCUCUGAUACCACCUAAAGAAGAAAAGGAAAAACAGAUGCAGUUAUUAACAUCACUAGAGAAGUUGGUUGUUAAUGAAUGGCCUUGUGCUCGUCUAUGUCUCUUUGGAUCAUGUGCGAACUCCUUCGGUGUUUCAAAUAGUGAUUUAGAUGUGUGUCUUGUGCAUAGAGAUGCUGAUAUUGACAAGGCUGAGAUCUUACUGAAGUUGGCAGAUAGACUGCAAUCAGCUAACUUCCAGAAUGUGCAGGCCCUGACGCAUGCAAGGGUUCCUAUUAUAAAGCUCAAGGAUCCGGUGACUGGAAUAUCUUGUGACAUAUGCAUAAACAAUGUUUUGGCUGUUGUAAAUACAAAACUUCUCCGGGAUUAUGCACAAAUAGAUGUGAGAUUACCACAAUUGGCAUUUAUUGUGAAGCAUUGGGCUAAGUCUAGAGGAGUGAAUGAAACAUACCAGGGAACACUUUCUAGCUAUGCGUAUGUUUUGAUGUGCAUCCAUUUCUUACAACAUCGAGAUCCUCCUAUCCUGCCUUGUUUACAGGAAACGAAGAUUGUUACUUAUCAUGAAAUUGUUGAUAAUAUUGAAUGUGCAUACUUUGAUCAAGUUGAAAAUCUGAAAAGUUUUGGAUCCAAUAACAAUGAAAGCGUUGCUCGACUCGUCUGGGGAUUCUUCCAUUAUUGGGCAUAUUGUCAUGAUUAUGCCAACACCGUCAUAUCCAUUCGUACUAAAAGCACUAUCAGCAAGAGAGCAAAAGAUUGGACGAGGAGAAUCGGCAAGGAUCGUCAUUUGAUAUGCAUCGAGGAUCCAUUUGAGACAUCUCACGACCUCGGUCGAGUUGUCGACAAGUACAGUAUCAAAGUUUUGAGGGAAGAAUUUGAACGUGCUGCUACUAUUCUACAAACCUAUCCAAACCCGUGCGAGAAGCUCUUCGAACCCUUCAUCCCGAGUUAGCACUUCUUGUUUUUCUUAAUUAUCAGAGAGCUAUUUAAAAACACAGUCAUUAUUAUGUUCAUAGCUAAUCAAGGUUGUAAAUUGCUUGCUAUGGUUUCUUUUUUUUUUCUUUUUUUUUUUUUGUGCUUAUUUAUGUGUCAAAGUUUGUUUGGGUUUUUGUAAAAAGAUGUUGUGGUGAUCUUUAUACCAUCUAGAAUUUUGAUUUU